AUGAAUCUCGCGGUUAGCGCGAAUCGCGAGCCGUCUUGUCAGAAUCGGCCGCAGAAUCCUGCGUCGAUGAAAGUCGGGAUUCGCGUAGGAGUCUCGGACGUGUACACCAUAGAAGAGAAGGAGCUUGCGUGGACUCCGGAUCUGAUCGGUCCAAUUUUCAAGAACGAGAGCAUCGGUUUAAGAGAGGUACUGAUCACACACCGAAGCGACAAACGCAUUCGAAUCCUCGCGACGUUCGUCCCCGACGAACUGAUCUACGAAACGGACAUCUCCCGCAAGAACUUCCGGAAGUUCAACGCCGUGCUCGCGUUGGUCGACGUCUCGCGGAUUUUCAACCUGUACGAGAAAUUCGCGAACGCCGAGAACGGCGGCAGCUACGCGCUGAUGGACAUGCUGAACACUUACAUCGGCAUCAUCAUCGAGGAAGUCUAUUACACUCGAGGAGAUGUGAUGAAGUUCUCUCGGGACGGACUGCUGGUACUGUGGAAGAUCGGCAAAGACGAUUUCUUCUCUAGCAUGGUGUACAACGUGAUCAUCUACGCCCAAAAGAUCCAGCAAGUGGUCGCCUCGGUGAAGAACAAGUUGCUGAUCCCAAAGGUCGACGUGGUGAUUUCAGCGGGGGAAAUGACGUUUUCGGUGAUCGGCCACGACAAAGCGAGAGAUUUCGUGAUCAGCGGUUCGCCGAUCGAGGAUCUGAAGUUCGCCAGAAGGAUAUGUCUACCCGGUGAUCUGGUGUUGUCGUCCAGCGCGUGGGAACACUGUGCGCCCAGCCAAUACGAAUACGUGAUCAAAGACUCGAGCAACGUGAAAAUUAUUCGAGUCUUGGGAUUACCUGUGGGAUCGGUUACCACGGUUGCGAGGAAACGACCGGUUCAAGAUGUUUUCGAACGGAGCCUGACUUCUGAGAGUAAACGCGUAUCGCAGCUGGAAGAAGCGAGUUCUGGAGUUAGCGACUUGGACGAGGAAUCGGAGAAGUUCUCGCUUAUCUCCGAUCGGUCGAAAUCUAGGCUCUCCAUACUGCCGAUCGGCGCUGUUCAAGUGGCCAGAGUCUCGAUGAUCGAGGUGCUGAAGCAACGACUGGGCAUCGACUUGGAGACGUACAUAUCGAAGCCAGUGUUGAACCAGAUAAGAGCGGACGUGCCGUUGGAACACCUGACCGAAGUCAGACGUGUCACCGUGAUGUCUGUGAACGUGGUACCAAGCAGGUGUUCAGUCUACGAAUUGAUUUCGUUGAUCGACGAGCUGUUCACCGUUUUAUUGAACAUAGUGAACAAAUACUCGGGCUGCGUGAACCUGAUGAACACCUACACCAGGGACAUUCUGUUCAACGUCGUGUUCGGAUUAAAGGGGUACGAGGAAACCGGAGGUGAGAAUCCCGCGAACAAUGGAGUUUCAUCUGUGCCGGAGAUUUUUAACGAGACGAAACGCGUCGGCGGUGUAAAAACGGUGUCCAUCGGCGUUUCAACUGGAAUGGCGUUUUGCGGAGUGAUCGGCCACCCCGCUAGAAGAGAGUACAUGGUUUUCGGCGUGCCGGUGGACAAGGCUACUUCCUUGAUGUCGAUAUCGUUCGGCAAGGUUAUGUCCUGCGAUUACGACACUGUCCUGUACAGUUCCAUGAAGACGGACAGGUUCCGCUCGCGAGGCAUGAAGACGCUCAAAGGAUUCGGCAAGGCUCACGUUUACGAGAUCCUGGACACGUACUUUUUAUCCGAGGAAUAUCUAUCAGGCAUCGAUUACGUCUACCCUAUUCUCGGCCGAUCGAGAGACUUGGAAUUAUUCAAGGAUAUCUUAGACGAGAUUGGAGUCGCAGGGAAGAAUUAUUCUGGAAUACUCGUCGAGGGCGCUGAGAGGUCGGGAAAGUCGAGGCUGCUCGACGCGUUCGUGACGAUCGGGCAAAAUCGGCAGCUAACUCUUCUCAAGCUUCCUCUGUUGGAAUCUUUCGUGGAGAAAGAGUUCUCUGUGGUGUACCACCUGCUUCUGCAACUCUUCGAUGCAACCGAUUGCACGACGAUAGAAGAACGCGAGAGGAUUGUAUCGAGUAAACUAUCCGAUUUCGUACAGUAUAACGAUCUAUGCUACCUGAACGCCAUGAUGAAGGUUCAGUUUCCUCUGUCGGAGGAGUACUGCAAGAGUACCGAUUGGGAACGUCACACGAGAACCACGGAGAUCUUCAAAACGAUCUUCAAGAAGUGUGGGAAACAUAUUUGUAUCUUACUCGACGACGUUCAGAACAUGGACGUCUUGUCCUGGAAGUUCCUCUCCGCGUCAAUGGAGAACGACAACGUGAUCAUAGCGAUGACGCUGCUGGAACCGGUCUCCUGGGAUCAUUUGUCCCAGGUUCAGCUUGCCAUUUGCCAAGACAAGCGGCUGAUGAACCGGUCGUUGGUGGAAUUGGAUCCUCAGUACAUAACGGCGUUCGCCUGUCAAUUCUUGAACGUUCUGGCGAUCCCUAAGGAACUCGACAAAGUGCUCCGGAAGCGUGGCAAGAGCUCGUUCGCCUGGUGCGAAGCGUUCCUGACGUCCACUCUGCAGAUCCGAGCUCUGGAUUUCGUCAACAUCACGCCUAUGGACCCGAGGAUCAAAGAUCUCGUUUUCCCAGAUUGUUCCCUGGUAACUAAGGUGCCUUCUAAUUUGACUCCGGAAGAACUGGCGCCGCCAUUGCACUGGUCGCAGAUGAGUACCGCGAACGUCUGCGUGCCUUCCGGGGUCAUGAGAGGCUUCGUCGAGACGAAUCGCGAUGUUAUAGGUCUGAGAAUCGACAUAUACAACAGAAUGAACUCUUACGAGCAGGAUUUCGUCAAGUGCGCAGCAACUUUGGGCAGGAUCUUCGCUCGGAACAUGAUAGGGAACUUAAUGAUCAACGCUGCGCCGUUGUACACGUCGAAAGGAAACUGUGGCAGAGAUGAUAAGGCUGAGGAUCAUGGAGUGCGCGAUGACCCAAAGGAAACAGUUCCACGUCGACGAGUCGAUGCUGUUCUUGUUCAAGAGGCGCAAGACUUUCAGCAACCUGCACCACUUGGUCACUUGCAGCUGUCAACCGCCUCGACCUUGCCGUCGUACGCGCACUGUCAACACUUGGAAUUCACUAUUGCCUCCUACCGCAAGCUCUUGUAUAACAUUCUGCCUUUGCACGAGAGGAGAGAGUACCAUUUGAAAGCGGCAGCCAUCUUGGAGAGGGACGCUCGUAGGUGCAGCACCUGCGGCGGCGGCAGCUUCCUCGCGAUUUUUUCGAAGGACGAGGAACGACAACCUGGAGUCGAGAAGGUGCCUUCGACGACGAGCAUAUCAACAAUCAGGCGAAGAAGAACAUACAGUAGAUUGAUGGACAGAGGAAACUCGAAGCGGAACAUCUUAGUGCUCGCGAACGAGACGAGCGACACGGAAAGAAGGCGAGAAAGUCUGAGCAUCCGCAGAAUCUCCAUUUUACCCGGUUUCGACGACGACGAGGAUGAAGAAGAGGUCACGGUGAAUGUGGUCGAACGCAGACCGUCCAAUGGCGCGAAGAAGUUCGGCAUUCCCUGGGAAAGUCGUCUGAAACAGCUGAGCCACUUGGACAAUCGCAACUGCCGGUGCAUCGACAAGAUCGACUACUUCUUCAGCCAGUUGCAUUACCAUAUUCAGAACAUCGGUACCAUAUCCAACUUGGACGUCGAGAAGCUGACGAAGUUCAUGCAGGAGUACAGCGCCGGUUUAAUAUCCACUGGACAACCGAUCUUCGCGACGAAGUUCCUCGCGGACAUCACCACAAAAAUCGGCGUUACGAAGGCUAACGAGCAGCUGAUCGUGAAUGUCACUGACGAAAUCAGCUGCAAAGGCGUCACGCUGCUUCUGAUAGGCGACGCCUACAUUGCCACCGGAAACUACGCGCAGGCGAAGAAGUUCUACAAAGAGGCGGUAGUUCUUCGAAACGGUCCUCGUUUGAGCAACAAAUUAGCGUGCUACAGCCUGAUCAUGGAGAAACUGCGCUACAAGUUGCAGGGCCUGCCGAAUUACCUGUUGAACCGAGCUAGCGGCCAGGCAGCUGCGAAGAAAUUGGAACUGGCGAUCUAUCUGCAACGUCUGUCGAUGGCGUUGAUGAUGGACGGUGGACCGAAAAUCGCGAAGCGAACGAUGAUCAAGAGCUUCGACGCCGCUUUCCAGACGAUUGGAGGCUUCCUGGAGAAGGGCCAGGUCUAUCUGACCGCGGUGCAGACCUUCCGCGAUGAUUACAGCUACGUCAGGUCACUGGAGAAGCCGAUGAUGCACGCCGUGGAGGAGAAAACCAGCUGGAACUCCGCGGAGGAGGCGGCCACGCUGGCGAACGUGUACCGCGUGUUCCUGGAGAACAGGCUGCUGAACGGUGAACUCAAAGAGUACGUGGACACUGGGAUCAAUCUGCUGAAGAUUUGCGGCUGUCUUCGCUAUAACAGGUUGAAGAUAGCUGUGCUGCCCACGUUGAUAGAAGCUAUGGUGACAGUUUACCUUCCAGUUGUCCUUUGA